AUGAUCGGACAAAUCAUUUCAGGUCUACUGACCGUCUACUGCAUGUCACUCAUUUUCCGAUUCAUCUGGAACAUCCGCCUCGCCAGGAAGACCGGCCUCCCCUACAUUUGCCUUCCUAUAUCCGAGUUUAAUGUCUUGCUCUAUCCCCUCUUCGACACGGAACAGGCUCCCAAAUUCGUGAAUAAUUGGAUUCCCAGGUGGCUAGCAGAUAUAAUAAAUGACAAUGUUAUCAAUUAUCGCUGGGCCGUGAGAGACCGCCGAGUAAAGGAGCUAGGACCGGUGAGUCUUGUCGUUACACCAACGAGCCUGAGUUGCAAUGUUGCCGAUGCGGCGGUCGUUUCUCAAAUUUGCUCUGAGCGUCGCAAGUUCCCCAAGCCUGUCUGGCAAUACGAAGUUUUGGAAUUAUACGGACCCAAUCUCCUGACUUGUGAGGACACGCAAUGGGCCCAUCAUCGUCGUCAUACAGCGACUACGUUCAGCGAAAGCAACAAUAAUCUUGUUUGGCGAAUAGCGGUUCAGCAGACUCUCGAGAUGACAGCCCAUUGGAAGAGAAGAUAUAGAACCUUGUCAAACGAGAACGAGCUUAUGGUGCCAAGUGCAAAGUCAGACAUUCUAAAGCUUACACUCAAUGUGAUCUGUGGCGCAGGAUUUGGCGUCUCGUUGCCUUUUCAACCAGAAUCCCGAGAAACGGCCACGGAUGAUAUCACUAGCCUAUUCAAAGAUACUGAUACACCACCAGAGGGGUUUACUUACACAUUCCGGGCAGUUAUUGAGUACAUGAACUCAAGGCUGAACACUGUAGUUCUCGCAAAUAUGGUAUUCCCGAAGUGGAUCCCGCGGAUCCUGAUGCCAUUCUUCAAGAGUGAUUUUCUCGCAUAUGAAGAUUUAAAACAUUACCUCGACGGACUAAUUGAGAGUUCAAAGAGAGGAAAGAACAGAAAUAAUACACACGAUCUACUACAGGGCAUCAUACAGUCUCAACAGAAACAUGGCGGUCUCACGGACUGCGAAAUCAUUGGCAACCUCCACAUAUUCACCAUUGCGGGUCACGAGACGACCGCAACAACCUUGCGCUUCGCACUCGUUCUUCUUGCCAUGCAUCCGGAUGUUCAAGAGUGGUUACAGGAUUGUGUAGACGAGGUAAUUCAAGACCAACCGUCUGAUCCGAAGGAGUGGGAAUACGGGGUGAUGUUUCCCCGACUCAUCGCACCGCUAUGCGUAAUGCUCGAAACUCUUCGCCUCUGUCCACCCGUGGUAACGGUUCCUAAAUGGACCGCGUCAAAUCCUGUACCGAUCACUCAUCAUGAUCAAACCUAUAUGCUGCCGCCAAAAGUAAACAUCAACCUCAACGCAAGCGCCCUGCAUUACUCGAAAGAGUACUGGGGUCCCGAAGCAGCCUUUUUUCAUCCUCAACGAUGGGAUAAGUCCAACCCGGAUAGUUUCCUUGUCGCCAACGAUGGCAAGAAAGGGCUAUCGGCUCCGGGCCUUGAGUUCGAUAACAUUCACAAGCCGGUUCGUGGGGCGUUCAUUCCAUUCAGUGAUGGCUUCCGCGCGUGCGUGGGAAAGAGAUUCGCACAGGUCGAGUUUAUAGCAACCUUAGCUGUUAUAUUCAGUCGGUAUCGGGUUUCCUUGGGGAAGUUGAAACCAGAAGAGAGUGAUGAUUUUGUCCACCGAAGGGCGGAGAAGAUAUUGAAUGGGAGUUCUACUGUUUUGACAUUGGGAAUGAGAUAUGACGUUCCUCUUCGUUUCGAAGCAAGGGAUAACCAGGGAUAG